AUGUUCAAGCUAUCCGGCACGUUUUCUGCAUGUCAGCACAUCUAUCUGGACCAGCAUGAUGGAACUAUCCGGGAACUAAAAGGCUUCAAAUUUAAAACUUAUUUCGUUUCAAUUUCCCAUUUUCCAGUCGCCGCCCCCAAGUAUCAGAUUUUGGAGCCCCGCGAAGGCUACGUCCCCGUCUACAUCCGGUACGGCAAUCAGCCACUGUCCGAAAUCAAUCCUGCCCUGGCAGCGGCCUUCCAUGAGCCGGUGUCCCGCGUGAAUCGCGCCCGAUUGGCAAGGCAACUGCAAGGCGACGAUCUAGUAAACAACACCUCCAGCAACUCUACCUCCAUAUCGGCAUCGGAUGAGCACCGAGUGAAGCAAUUAGUUGCUGCUGAGUUAGCCAAACAAACCCGGCCGUGAUUAGAAACUUAAAUCAAAUGUUUUUUUUUUUUUUUUCAAAUCAGCUCUCCUGUUUUUAACUAACUUACAAACGCUACAACCAAGUGGAGUAGUUACCCAUCGUGUUACGAUUUCCAGUGCUGAUAAACCUUGUUAGAAAAAUAAAAUUUUAUUAGAACUACCAAUAAAUCCAACCGGAAAAUA